AUGGCCCAACAGAUUCAACCGCCAAACGGCAGCGUCCGACGAGAGGAGCUGCAUUCGAAAAUAAACGCAUUGCUCUCUGCUGCUGACCGCACGUCUCUCAAAUCUGCGUUCCCGCACGAUGUCUGGUCAAGGUUGAAGGAAGACUACGAUAUGAUGGUGCGCGACCUCAUCGCUCACUGCAAAAAUCUCGUUAGAGAGAGGAGGAUUUCGGCGGAAGUCGAUGGGAGAGUCAAGGCCGCGCAGUCAAUUGACAAAACUCUCGAUCGCCGGCUACAGCACCGCAUUGCGAACCAUUUGGGCGAGUACAAGAGCGUGCAGGAAAUAUUCCACGACAUGCAUGACCUAGCAGGCAUUCGCAUCGUGGUUGAUUAUCCCUCGCAGCUGGAGCCGGCAAACAAACUAAUAGAAGAAGCAUUCUGGCAAGCCAAGGAGCCCAACAUCUUCAAGAAGGAACGGCCCGUUGGAAAGAGGUGGGAUACCUGGUUCGGAGCAUAUCAGAGCAAGAAUCAUCACGUCUCCGUCAAGAAAGGGACCCAGGGCACCCUUGGGGCUUACUGCAAUGUUAUUUUUGAGCUACAACUUACGAGUCUGCCCGAAACCUUGUACAACAAGCUGGCGCAUCCCCUGCUCUAUAAACAGCAAGCAGGGUCCCUCACUCGGCGGGAUGAAAUGGUCAUUGACCUUUCCCACGGCCUUGCUCUGUGUUACUCAAUCUGCCUAUUAUAUGCCCAAGACAAGCUUGGAAAUAAUGAGAAGCCUGACCAGGGCCUCAUGAGCGCAAUGAGGAGCGCGGCGAAUGAUGCCGAUGGUGGUCAAUUGGAGGAUAUGAGGCCAUUGCUCAGCAUGAUGCCCGACACGGUGAAGGCGCAAUCAGCUUCAGGUCCGAAACAAGAGUCAAGCAGCAAAGUCUCCACCGAAGUUCUUACAUCGACUCUUUCUGCCUUGCCUGAUCAGUGUCCACCGGAGCAACUCUGGACAGGCUUUGUCAAAAAAAUGAAAGGCUGGGAUGCGAAGCUGGAAGCCGUGGAGACUGCUGUGAAAGACCAAACGGAAGCCUUUCAACAAUACCAUCAAGACGAUGCUGAUAAGAAAUGUCUAGUCGACUUGAGAAUCAUCAAUCCUUCAACUCAGAAAAAGACAAUCGAAAACGCCAACGGCGGUCUUCUUAAGGGAGCAUAUGAGUGGAUUCUUGGACACCCGGAAUACCAGAGGUUCAGAAACGAUAACACCAACAGAUUGCUCUGGGUAAAAGGGGACCCGGGCAAGGGAAAAACUAUGCUUUUGUGUGGAAUUAUCAACGACUUAGAAUCCCGGAGCUCUACAUCCGUCUCGUACUUUUUCUGCGAAGCUACUCAGAACAACUCGUUGAGAAGUGCUACUGCAGUGCUUCGUACCCUCAUAUGGCGCUUAUGCACAUCCCAGCCUCACCUAAUCGCCCAUGUUCGAAAGAAAUAUGAUAAGGAGGGUAAAUAUUCAUUUGAAGACUCCGCGGCUUUUUGUGCGCUGGAAGAGAUCCUGACGGAUAUCCUGCAAGAUCCUGGUUGCUCUCCCACCACUCUCGUAAUCGAUGCCCUCGACGAGUGCACCGAAGAUACAAUGCCGGAUCUGAUUUGCCUGAUCAUCAAUUUUUCCAAUUCUUGUGAGGCAAAAUGGAUCGUAUCCAGCCGCAACUGGCCUAUGAUAGAGGAACAGUUUCAGUUAGCUGAAAAGGUCAAGGUCUCGCUGGAACUGAACAAGGGCUCUGUCUCGCAUGCAGUGAACCUGUUUAUCGACCACAAGGUAGCGCAGUUAGCCCAAAGGAAGCGUUAUGAUCCAGCCACAAAGGCGGCCGUGUUCGACGUCCUUCGCAACAAAGCCAAUGACACAUUCCUGUGGGUAGCUUUGGCCUGCGCAGAGCUUUCCAAGCCCCAAGUCAGGUCUUGGAACACGAUGGAGCUACUAAAUUCAUUCCCAGCGGGUCUGGAGAAGCUGUACGCACGAAUGCUUAAUCAAGUGCUCUCAUCGAUCAAUUCUGCCCUCUGCAAACAGCUUCUUGCCACAGCUUCUAUUUCGGCCCGCCCGCUAUCGUUCAGAGAACUUCCCGCUUUGAUCCACGGACUCAAAUGGUUCAGUCAUGAGCAAGUAGAAGAAUUCAUUGGAGAGUGUGGCUCAUUCUUGUCCGCUCGGGACAAUCAUGUUCAUUUUGUACACCAAUCCGCCCAAGACUUUCUGGUCGGAAAUGAGGGUCGAGUCUUCCAGUCUACCAUUCAGAGCCAUCACCUGCAGAUUUUUAGGCAAUCAAUGACGGCCAUGCAGACCCUCGAGCACAAUAUGGAUGAGAUUUCUUCACCUGGGAAACUUAUCAACGAGAUCCACCUAAACGAAAACAAUCCAUUUCAUACUAUCAAAUAUUGCUGCCUUUAUUGGGUUGAUCAUUUGAAUCUAGCAGGCCAAGAGAGACAGGCCCAAGAUGAUAGUCUCGCUUGCGAAUUUUUCAAAACGAAGGUCUUGUACUGGGUGGAAGCUCUUAGCUGUCAUGGGUACACCACGGAGGGCAUCAGCGCGAUACAAAAGCUCAGUUCCGUCGCGAAUUCCGAUGAGUUGAAAGACUUGUCCAAAGACUUACACAGGUUUUGGAAAGAUUUCAAAGAGGUGCUGGACGUCGCACCCCUCCAGUUAUAUUGCUCAGCCCUAUUAUUCGCCCCUACAUCAAGCUUGAUCAAGAAUUUACACGAGAAUUGCAAAUACCCCUGGGUUACUUUGAAGCAAAGUUCAUCACAAGACCCAUCAGAAAAAUGGGGCAUCUGCAUUUCGACUCUUGAAGCCCAAAACCUUCGGUCAUUCGCCCUCUCAACGGAUGGGCAGCAUCUCGUUUACGGCCAUGGUCUCGGUCUCAACAAGCCAUAA